CCGUCGCUUAUGGGGAACGUAGUUCGUACGUGCCGCGAACGCGGUCACAGGUGACGCGGAAGCCCAGUUAAUGGAGGUCUGCGGGCAGAGGCACCACCCGACAGCGCGGAUGGGGCGGGACUUCCGGCGUUGCAGGCUGUGCGCGUUUUGCCGCGGCUGGUGGUCCGUGCGAGAGUUUUCAGGGCUGCGCUGGCACCGCCGAGACCACCCUGGCGCGGGGACGCGCAGGGACCCUCGCCGCGCGUUAGCUCGCGCCGUGACCCCGGGGCAUCACUCCUCCUUCCUGAGACUCGCUGUCGCCCUCUGAGAACCUUCGGCAGUAGCGGACUUCUGCGCGCAGGGCGGGGUGGCGAGUAGGGAUCUCAGCUGCAUCCGCGGAAACUCUGCCCACAAGUUCUGAUGGCAGAGGAGGCGCAGGGUCCGGUGACCUUUGAGGAUGUGGCUGUGUAUUUCUCCCGGGAGGAGUGGGGCCUUCUUAAUUUGACCCAGAGGAGCCUAUACCGUGAUGUGAUGCAGGAGAACUUCGCACUCGUUGGCUCAUUGGGUUGUCCGUGUAGACUGCAGGAUGAGGAAGCCCCUCCCAAGCAGAUGGAGAACUGCAAAGUCCACCUAUCAGAGAAGCUCUUUCUGUGUGGGGCAUCUGGGAAGGAAGUCCCUGCCAUCUUAGGCCUCCUCCAGUAUCAGGCCACCCACAGGGAGGGGAAGCCAGGCAGGAGCACUGAGUGCAGGGAGGCCUUCCCACCCGGCUCCACUCACCAGCAACAGCAGGGAGUCCACACCACACAGAAGCCUUUCAAGUGCAGAGACUGCGGGCAAGCCUUCCUGAAGGCCUUUGCGCUCCUUGACCACCUCAUAACUCACUCCAAAGAGAGACCCUCCAGGUGCCCAGCAGGUGGAAAUGCCCCCAAGGAGAACUCAACCCUGGUUCAUCACCGAAAAAUUCACACUGGAGAAACAUCCCAUGUGUGUAAUGAGUGUGGGAAGGCCUUCAAUUACCCUUCUAAACUGAGGAAACACCAGAAGGUUCACACGGGCAUAAAACCUUUCAAGUGUGAUGAGUGUGGGAAAACCUUCAACCGCAAAGAUGCGCUUGUUCUGCACCAGAGAAUUCACACUGGAGAAAGGCCUUAUGAGUGCAGCCAGUGUGGGAAAUCCUUCAGUGUUCUGUCUACCCUCAUUCGGCACCGGAAAGUUCACAUUGGAGAGAGGCCCUAUGAGUGCAGGGAAUGUGGGAAGUUCUUCAAAUACAACCAUAGCUUCAUCCUUCACCAGAGAGUUCACACUGGAGAGAGGCCUUAUGAGUGCAAGCAAUGUGGGAAAACUUAUGUGACCCGCUCUGGCCUGUAUCAGCACUGGAAAGUCCACACUGGAGAACGUCCCUAUGAGUGCAGCCUGUGUGGGAAAACCUUCACUACCAGGUCCUACCGCAAUCGGCACCAGCAGUUCCACACUGAAGAGAGGUCCUAUGAAUGUUCAGAAUGUGGGAAGGCUUUUAAACACAGUUCUACCCUCCUUCAGCACAAGAAAGUCCAUACUGGAGAAAGGGCAUAGGGGGAUGGGGAUGUGGGAGAGCCUUUGGCCAUGGCUAGCCUCUUGUUCAGUGUGAGAAGUCUCACUCCACAAAGGAGCUGAGGAGAGCAGCAUUUGAAAGCUGGACCUAGCACACCCCAACACACAGCCUGGGGGUAGCAGGCAGUGGGAAGCUUUCAGGAGCUGUGUUGCACUCUGACCUGCCCAGGCUUUUGGCACUGUGGAAUCACUGCCAGUUUCUGUGACAGAAGCCAUCGCACCUCUAUCACCUGGCAGGUCCCCUUGGUGUGCAUCAGUCGCCCUAGUGUGCUCGGGGAGGCUGAGUUCUAUGCUGCCCAUUUGAUACAGGAGAGAAUCAUGAAUGGUGGAGCCCAUAAUGGGUCUUGUUCACUCCCUGACUGGUUUAGGUAUGGACAUGUGCUAGUUCUGGUCAAGAGUAGCUGAGCAGUGUCUGUCUGCUAGGGGCUUCCAGGGAAGGGUAACCAUUUUUAUGGAUACUGUUGACACUACCUAUGGUAACUGUCAUGCAAUUAUUCAGCCUUGAAACUGACUGUCUCACACCGCUCCAGAAUAUCUGGUAAUAAAGACCCUUUUGUUUAAGCCACCCUCAUCUUGGGGUUCUGAUCCCUGGGUGUGGAAGGACUGAGAACAAAACUGGCCUCAUGAAUAGAGGGAAUAGUUUCUGUGGGGUUCCCUGACUGUUGGCAGCCUCAGUGGGGACAGCAGGAUGGCAGAAGUCAGCUCCAGUCAAGAUUGGCCUAAUUUGCAUUGGUGCCUGAGACCUCCAGGGAAGGGCUGAAGGGCUUUGUGGGUGAAUUUUCUGGCCUUUAUUUGUGGAUCCAGAGCUCACCAUGAAGAAUGGGGUAGUUGGUAUGAGGUCCCCGUGUGACUAGGGACAGUGGCACCUGGGUCCCUUGUUCCCAGGGAAUGUUCUGCCAACUCCAGCAUUGGUCAGAAAAAAAGUGUUUCCAGAAUCAGCUCAGAAGCCAUGCUCUCUGAAAUCGAGAAUGUGGAGGUAAGUUCUAGACUGGCUGUAAGACAUACAGGGGCGUUUCGGAAAGAGUAAGUGGGCACAGAGGCACUGAGUGAAGAGAUGUGGAGUGGGGCAUCUGGUAAAGAAGAGUUUGAGCUGGUUCUAAAGAGGCAUCCACAAGUGUUCCAGGAACCAUGGUUUCAUGGGAUAAGGAAUGCUGAAUUUCUCAGGAAUUGCAGACCUGUUACCUGUGGCCAACAUCACUGUCAGCAAAUAAUCUACAGAUUUUCUGGAUUCUCAUAACCUUUCUGGGCAUGUUUGCCUCAUGACCAUCCAUCACCCUGGACUGAGAAAGAUCCUGUAGUCAAGGGUGUGGCUUUUGUGACCCCACCAGUGCUGCUGGUGUCUUUGCACACCAUAGGCUUUGUUGUUUUUGCUGCCACUGUCCCAGGGCUCCAGGGAAAGAAGUGGUUGAAUCAACAUAUGGAUCCAGAUCUUCUGGUUUGUGGGGCCUUUUGAUUUUAAAAAUCUGGAAAAUAUUUUUUCAAAAGGUAAAUAAAAUAUCCAUUCAGCAAAA